UCAGUCUGGGGAAGAGGAGAGAGGACAAGCAUCCCAACACAUCCCACCGUUUGGACUUUUUCUCAUUCAGGUGUGCGCGGCGAUUCACGCUCAAGACACCGGGACAGAAGCCUUGGAUUUUCUUUCUGACUGAGGACUGAGAGGGAAAUGAUCUGAUCGCAUUUGAACUUGACUCUUUUCCUCUGAUGGGAUAGUUUAUGUUGAUAUUUGAGCAGAACAGGUACAUUUCAUAAGGGCUCCUCUGGUAAUGCGGAAUGACCGUGCGGGACCGUUAAUGCGCGCGUGGAUCACUUGAUUCAUCACCGACCACCGCAUUCCGCGCGCCUCCGAACGCACAGAUCUGCGGGGGAAAGUUCAUAAAGAUUGUCUGUCAGAUUGAUUGCUGUUAAAUCAACAUUCCCCCCCAAAACCAGCUGUGCUUUGAAUUGGAUUUUUUUUUUUCCUCGACUAACACACUUAAGUCUUUACUGACUUAGUCCUCAAAGCAGUGAUCAAUACGGAUAUCUUCAUAUUAUACUGGAGUCCGAUAAUUUUUAUGACUGGUCGAACGGAUUUGUCACUAUGCGCUCGAAUUUGGUAACCUCCGUAUGCGCGAGCUCACAGUGAACCGAGGGUCGUGUUUGGCUGCUCUUUAUCUACAAAUGUAAGGCUCUGUGAAACCUUGGCUCUGACAACACCAUAUGGAGACAACUGUUUGAAUUAAAGCAGCGGGAACACGCGUGAACUGCUGUCAUGGAUUUAAGGGAUUUUUUCUUGUUGGCAACAUUAGUUGCUUGUUUCUGGUUAGAUCCAACCAUUGCCCAAGAGCUCAUUUACCCUAUUCGAGAAGAGCUACAGGAGAAUGUUCUUAUUGGAAACAUACCAAAGGACUUGAACAUCUCCCAUAUGUACUCUGCCACCGGGGCUAGCAGCAAUUUGGUUUACCGGCUUGUUUCUAAAGCAGGUGACACCCCGCUACUCCGGGUGAUGAGCAAUACAGGAGAGAUUUUUACCACCUCCAACCGUAUAGACAGGGAGAAACUCUGUCCUGGCCCCUCUUUUGAAGACAGCGAGUGCUCCUUUGAAAUUGAGGUGGUCAUUUUACCCAAUGAUUAUUUCAGAUUAAUCAAAAUUAAGAUAAUUGUCAAAGACACCAAUGACAACGCCCCCAUGUUCCCCUCUCCUGUGAUCAACAUUUCAAUUCCAGAAAACACACUCAUCAACAGCCGCUUUGCUAUUCCUUCUGCCACUGAUCCAGAUACCGGACCCAACAGCGUACACAAAUACGAGCUGUUGAACGGGCAGAGUGCCUUCGGUUUGGAUAUUGUGGAGACACCAGAGGGAGAGAAAUGGCCUCAGCUUAUCGUUCAACAGAAUUUAGACAGAGAGCUGAAAGAUACUUAUGUGAUGAAAGUAAAAGUGGAGGAUGGGGGGAACCCACAGAAAUCCAGCACUGCCAUUCUACAGGUGACUGUCACUGAUGUUAACGAUAACCGGCCCGUCUUUAAAGAGAGCCAAAUUGAGGUCCACAUCCCAGAAAACUCUCCCGUUGGGACAUCUGUAGUUCAGCUGCAAGCCACCGAUGCAGAUGUGGGGGCCAAUGCAGAAAUAAAAUACAUGUUUGGUACCCAGGUGUCUCCAGCGACACGGAGACUAUUUGCUCUGAACUCCACCACUGGGCUCAUAACAGUUCAAAGGCCGCUUGAUAGAGAGGAGACUGCCAUUCAUAAACUCACAGUACUAGCCAGCGAUGGAAGCUCAAGUCCAGCGAGAGCCACCAUAACUAUCAAUGUGACCGAUGUUAACGACAAUGCUCCGAACAUCGACCUGAGAUACAUCAUCAGUCCAAUUAAUGGUACUGUAAUGCUCUCUGAAAAAGAUCCAAUAAACACUAAGAUUGCCCUCAUAACUGUAUCGGACAAAGACACAGAUGUCAACGGCAAGGUGAUUUGCUUCAUUGAAAAAGAUGUUCCUUUUCACCUCAAAGCAGUUUAUGAUAACCAGUAUCUGUUAGAAACAUCUGCACUGCUCGAUUAUGAAGGAACCAAGGAGUACAUCUUCAAGAUUGUGGCAUCUGACUCUGGAAAACCUAGUUUGAACCAGACUGCCCUGGUUAGAGUACGGCUGGAAGAUGAGAACGACAAUCCGCCCAUUUUUACCCAGCCUGUCAUCGAGCUGGCAGUCAUGGAGAACAACCAGCGUGACAUGUUCCUGACAACCAUCAGCGCCACAGAUGAGGAUAGCGGACGGAAUGCAGAGAUUGUCUACCAGCUUGGACCCAACGCAUCAUUCUUUGAUCUCGACCGCAAAACUGGAGUGCUAACUGCAUCCAGGGUGUUUGAUAGGGAGGAACAAGAGCGGUUCCUCUUUACGGUCACCGCUAGAGACAAUGGCACCAGGGCUCUGCAGAGUCAAGCUGCAAUCAUUGUGACCAUUCUGGACGAGAAUGACAAUAGCCCUAAAUUUACACACAACCACUUUCAAUUCUUUGUGUCAGAGAAUCUGCCUAAAUAUAGUACAGUUGGAGUAAUCACAGUCACAGAUGCAGAUGCUGGUGAGAAUGCAGUGGUGAGACUCUCAAUCCUCAACGAUAAUGAGAACUUCAUCCUUGACCCAGAUUCUGGAGUCAUAAAGUCCAAUGUUUCCUUUGACCGAGAGCAGCAAAGUUCCUACACCUUUGACGUCAGAGCCGUGGACAAUGGAAGCCCUCCGUGUUCAUCAGCUGCCAAGGUGACCAUCAAUGUCAUUGAUGUCAAUGAUAACACCCCGAUCGUCAUUUACCCACCAUCAAACACCUCUUUUAAACUAGUGCCAGUGUCUGCGAUUCCAGGGUCGGUUGUGGCCGAGGUGUUUGCAGUAGAUGGUGAUACAGGUAUGAAUGCAGAACUCAAGUACACUAUUGUUAGUUGCAAAAGAGAAGGUCUUUUCAGAAUUGACCCCGUAACGGGAAACAUCACAUUAGAGCAGAAACCCUCACCUACAGACCUUGGCCUCCACAGGCUAGUGGUCAACAUCAGUGAUCUUGGCUAUCCAAAGUCCCUGCACACCCUUGUCCUCGUUUUCCUGUACGUGAACGACACAGUUGGAAAUUCCUCGUACAUACAUGACCUCAUCCGACGAAAAAUGGAAACUCCGCUGGAUAGAAACAUUGGUGAGAGCAGAGAGACUUAUCAGAAUGUUGACAACCUGAAAACCAUUAUUGCCAUCGUGACAGGCGCUAUGGUAGUGAUUGUGGUCAUCUUCAUAACGGUUCUGGUGCGCUGCCGGCACGCCUCACAGUUCAAGGCCGCUCAGAGAAAGAAGCAGGGUGCUGAGUGGAUGUCCCCCAACCAGGAGAACAAGCAAAACAAGAAGAAGAAGCGCAAAAAGAGGAAGUCGCCAAAGAGCUCCCUCUUGAACUUUGUCACCAUCGAGGAGAACAAACCCGACGACCCUGCCCACGAACCCAUAAAUGGAACCAUCAGUCUCCCGGCUGAGCUCGAGGAGCCCGGGAUUGGACGCUUUGAUUGGAAUGCCACCCCUACUACCACCUUCAAACCCAGCAGCCCAGACUUGGCCCGGCACUACAAGUCCGCUUCACCCCAGUCGGCCUUCCACCUCAAAGCUGACACUCCGGUGUCUGUGAAAAAGCAUCACGUCAUCCAGGAGCUGCCACUGGACAAUACCUUUGUGGGGGGCUGUGACACGCUUUCCAAACGUUCCUCCACCAGCUCUGAUCACUUCAGUGCCUCAGAAUGCAGUUCACAAGGAGGCUUCAAGUCAAAGGGGGCACCUUUGCACACCAGACAGGUAAAAGAACACUUUUACUGGUCUAUAAGUACUGCUUAUAACUGCCCUGCUCAGUACUGAAGUGCCUGUGGUAGUUAACUUGCUCUGAGUGAUACAUCUGUGAUGCACUAUGUAGAAUGUAGAUUUCAAAAAGCCCCCCCGUAGAUGUUCUCAAAUGACCAAAAAAGACGUAAAUAUUGUAUGUGUUUUAUAUGAAACUAGCUGAUCCAGGCGAAUGCUAUUGUCAUCAUCUUACCACAUGCAUUUUUGUGUGUUUUUUUCCCCUCCUUUUUUCUUCUUUUUUAAUUUAUAAACCUCUACUUGAAACAAGUCCUGGACAAGCAAUUGGUUUAAUGGGUGAGAUUCGAAAAGAAUCCAACGUCUCCUACGAGGCUAGAUUCAGUUUAAUUUCACUGCUUUGUCAUGGUUCAAAGAUGCAAUGCACUGAGAGUUUGUGAAAGAAACAUUUUUUUCUCGCCUGUCUACUUUGAUCACCAUUUUUCUGCAUUUGUUAAUUAGCAUCCUCUACGAUUCCGAGUUUCUUAAUUAAUCCUGGACUGCAGUUAAUCUACUAAUCUAAAAAUGCGCACACACAACAUUUAACAUUAUAUCCUGGUUCAUUAAAUCCAAUGGUUUCAAUAUUCUACACCAAUAAACUGUCACAGACCUUCAGUAUAGAA